AACAGGGGUCUGAGCGGCGAUGCGUAUGCGUGCCCCUAUGAUGCUGAUGGCCGGGGGGCGCGCGCUCGGGCUGGCAGAGUGUGUCUGUGUCUGUGUCUGGCGGGCUUGGAGGGCUUCGCUUCUGGCACCUGCCUCCUUGCGCUGCAACCGUUCGAGGCUGCACCGUUCGAGCUCGCACCGUUCGAGGCCGCUCUCCCGCACCGCUUGAGGCCCCGAUAUGCCGACGCGACUGUGAGUCCGUGACGGCUGUGCUAGACGGCUGUGCCUCCCGCCCGCACGCGCGAACGAGCGCUGAGACUGCGAUCCCCGGCUGCGAUCCGCGACCCUCCCCUCCGAUUCCCGGGCUACGAUCUCCCGGCAUACACACGACCUCGGCGGCCUACGACCUCCGGCCUACAACACUCCCGGCCUACGACCCUCCCGGCUCGCGCCCAUGGACGCGCGCAGCCACGCCCGCGCAGCCGCAGAAGCGCGCCCGCCGCACGCCAGCGCCAGCCCGCCGACCCAAACUCUGCGCGUGCGGCGCCGCACCUCGCUGCCGUCCACGCCUGCGCGCCCCCUCGCCGUCGACACCGCCCGCAAGCACCGCGCCUCGCACCACGUGCGCUCGCACGCCGCGUCCCCCGAGCUCAUCGCCUCGCUCAUCGACCAGCUGGCUGCCAUCUCCGCGUCGACCCAGCACCACUUCGAGCCGCAGCGCCCCUUCGAGCCGUCGACCGCGCGCCCCUCCGAGCCCCCGGGCCAUGCGCGCUCGCCCGACCGCGCAUACGCCAGCGCCCUGCGCACCCUCAACGACGGCUUCCCCGACGACGCCUGCGAGCCGCCCGUGAUCCGCACCGCGCCGCCGCCGUCGGGCCUCUCCGCGAUAACCGCGCCGAAGCGCACGAAACCCCCCGGCUUCGCGUACGCGGGCCGCAGCAGCAGCGCCGCGUCGCUGCACUCGUGCACGUCGCACCGGUCGUCGCACAGCUUCGGCGCGAUCAGCAUCGAGGCGGGCCCGAAGCCUGUGGCGAGCGCGCGGUCGUCGGUCGAGAGUAAGCGCAGUGUUAAAAGGCCGCGUAGUUUGAUGUAUAUGGGCUCGCGCGAGCGGUUAAAGCUGAAGGAGGAGAGGAGGAGGGGCGAGGAUGGCGAGGUGGAGGUCAGGAAGCUGACGCAGCAGGCGUUUGCGUAUGAGGAUACGAUUAAGGAGGAGGGGAGCCAUUUUGAGGGCCAUCUUGAUAACGACCCCGACCCCUUCGUCAUCGCCGAGGCCUUUGCGACCCGCCAUCCCAGCCGCAGCUCCAGCCCCGCCCUCCGCGUGCGCAUGAACCUCGUUGACGACGCCCCCGAGCCGCUCGUGCCCGACCGCGGCUCCUCGCUCCGGCACGCCAGCCCCUCCAAGAAGAGCAAGCGGCGCAAGGGCAAGGGCAAGGAGGUCGAGCGCCCCAGCACCGUCGCCGGCCCGCCCGAGGAGCCGCUGCUGAGCCCCGACGAGGCCCGCCGCCAGACGCUCCUCCUCGAGCUGGAGCAGGACGACGACGAGGUCGCCCAGCGGAUCAAGCAACUGCGCGAGCAGAAGCUGCUGCGAGCCAAGAUCGCCGGCGACGCACCCGACCGCCCAGCAAGCGCGGAGCCCGGGGGCCGCCCCAGCGUUUCAGGCCGCCGCAGCCCUGCGCCCUCCGCAUCCAGCGCCCUGGACCGGCGCCCCCAGAACAGCACGAAAGCACACAAACUGCUCGGCAUCGCUGCGCCCGCGCGCUCGUCGUCCGACUCCAACAUGAACAAGCCGCUCCCCAGCGAGCCCACGCGCCCCGCGCCCCUGCCCCCGCAUCUGCGCCAUGCCCGUCAUAGAAGUUUGACCGUGAACGACGGCGACGAUCUGCCGCUGCCAAUCAACUACGCCCUGGCCCUCAAGGCGCUGGAUGCGGCUGCGGACUCGCCGCGGACGCCGCGGGUGGACUCAACGCACAUUCCUGUUGACUCGCAUAUACAUGUUGACUCGCACAAACACAUACCCCUACCACCGCCCGCGGUUGUCAGCGCCCCAGCCAACCCCUCGACCACCGCCUCCACCCCCUCCACGCCCUCGGACGGCGUGAAGCGGUCGACGUCGCUGUCGGUCAGCGGGCGGUCCGCGUUCGCGCGCCGCGCAAACAGCAUGACCGCGAGCGUGACCCGCAGCCACCGCCACUCGGCCAGCCUGACCGAGGAGCGCCCUCCCGCGUGCCGCUCCGCCAGCGAAGAGGUGGCUACCGGGCGGCACUCGUCCCUCAGCAUGGCGUCGAACAGCUUCUCGCUGCAGCACAAGAAGACGAAGAAGCAGCGGUGGUCGCAUCCCGACCUGCCCGCCAAGGCUGAGAAAAAGCACAACGACAAGGUCGACGCCGCCGAGGCCAAGCUCCGAGCGACCGACUCGCGGCUGUCGCACUACCCGAUCAACCCGUGGGCGCCGGUCAUCGAAGAGCGCCCGACGUCGCUGGACUCGGUCGACAUGGACGUGGACGCGUAUCUGCACGCCCCGCGGCUGUCGCAGAAGAUCCGCCACCCGCAGACCGGCCGCCUCAUCUCGUUCUCCGAGGUCGGCGACCCCAACGGCUACGCCGUCUUCGUGUGCGUGGGCAUGGGCCUGACGCGCUUCGUCAUGGCCUUCUACGACCAGCUCGCGGCCACGCUGAAGCUGCGGCUGAUCACGCCCGAGCGCCCCGGCGUCGCGGGCAGCCAGGUCGACCCCACCGGGACGCCCAUGACAUGGCCGGACGACAUCCUCAUCAUCUGCCAGGCGCUCAAAAUCACAAAGUUCUCCCUCCUCGCCCACUCCGCCGGCGCCAUCUACGCCCUCGCCACCGCCCUCCGCAUGCCCCAGCACAUCCGCGGCCGCGUGCACCUCCUCGCGCCGUGGAUCCCGCCCUCGCAAAUGUCCCCCGUGGGCCUCGGCCGCGACUCGCCCCCGACCCAGCAACUCCCGCGCUCACAGCGCUUCCUGCGCGCCCUCCCCCCGUCCCUCCUGCGCGUCGCAAACUCGACCUUCCUCAGCAACACCUCCGCGUCGCUGCACCGCACCGCGCCCCCCAAGCCGCCAAAACCCAGCCGCAAAACCUCUGCGCCUCAGAUGGCCCGCGAGCCCGCCCCCGCGACCCGCCCCGCGCUGAAAGAAAACCGACGAGAAUCCAUGCUCGCCAUGGACCAAAUCCAGCCCGCCAGCACGCUCUCCCUGCCCCUCGCCUCAGAUGCCCAGCAGGAAGCCCGCAACGAGGCUCACGCCCUGCGCACACGCACGUUCGACACGCGCCUCACCUUCGCUAUCUGGGCGCGCGCCACGCUCAACGCGAAUCCCGCGACUGAUCUCAUCGUGUGUCUGGAGACGAAACAGCCGAUUGGGUUCAGGUACGAAGACAUCACGAGGCCUGUUGUUGUGCACCACGGCUCCAAAGACAGUCGUGUGCCGGUCGAGAAUGUGAGGUGGUUGGGCAAAGUGAUGCGCAGGUGCGAGGUCAGGGUGCUCGAGGGCGAGGGGCAUGGGCUCAUGGCUAGUGCGGGCGUUAUGGGGGGCGUGUUGAUGGAGAUUGCGGGCGAGUGGGGGGAGUGGGCGGAUGCGACAACCUCGUUACACCGCAAUACGGUAGACUCAGAGGAGGCAGAGCUGUCGGCUUCGGGUUUCGAUGGAGUGGGUUUGGAGCAGCACGCCAGGCAGCAGCAGCAGCAGCAGCAGCAGCAUGGCGGCUAG